AUGCGUUUCAUAACCACUACAAUAUUCCUUCUCGUUGCGUCUUGCGCCUCUGCCCAGCCGAUUGAGUGCUCCAAAGAUCCAGCUCCAAGCACUCAACCCGCACCCCCACCUCCGCCUCCACCACCACCACCUACUCCUAAGCCAGCCGCGGUAUCUUGUCCAUCAUCGUCGUCGUCACCAUCAUCAUCAUCAUCAUCGGCCAUUUCCAAAGACAACAUGGUCAAAGUUCUAAAGGAAAUUGCUCCCACCUCAGCUAAGGAACCCUGCGUCUCUGCUGAAAAGGCAGAAGGACAGUGCCGAAGCGCCUCUCAGGCUGCAGAGCCACUCAUCAACUCCUUCGAGAAAUACAAGAUCACCUCUAAGCCUGAAAUGGCUGCUAUCCUGGGCCUUAUCGCCUUUGAGACAGGAGAAUUCAAAUAUCAGAAGAAUGUGUUCCCCGGUAGACCGGGUCAAGGCACUCGAAACAUGCAAAUGCCUAAAUUCAACGCCCUUUAUGCCCAGUCCAUCCCUGAGGUAGCCGCGAAGCUUGGCCCUAAGAUGAGCAACGUUGAUGCAGUUUUGGAUAUGCUUCUCUCUAAAGAUGAUUAUGACUUUGGGUCUGCAGCGUGGUUCUUGACUACCCAGUGUACUCCUCCUGUUAGGACUGCACUACAAUCCGGUUCUGAGGAGGGAUGGUCCAAGUACAUGACUGAGUGUAUUGGGACCACCGUCACUGAUGAGCGGAAGAAAUACUGGACCAAGGCUCAAGAGAGUGUCAAAUCUUUGUAG